CCGCGCCUCCCGCGGCCCCUUCCCCGCUCCUCCCGCACCCUCCGCACGCAGCGCCAGGUCAUGAUUUUCAUUUUCUCGUGUCAUUCUCUUGAAGAGAGGAAAUGAUUGUAGUGGAACGUGUUACAAAUAAGCCACUGAUACGGAGCCUUCGCAGUUCAGAAACGUUUAUAGAAGAGCAAAUAUAGCCCUUUUUUGUUUGUGUUCUGGAAUCUGUCUUGUCAAAAAGGGAAAUAAAAAUGACGACUUCGUCUAUUAGACGGCAGAUGAAGAACAUUGUGAACAAUUACUCAGAGGCCGAAAUAAAAGUUCGGGAAGCGACCUCUAAUGACCCCUGGGGUCCUUCCAGUUCAUUAAUGACUGAAAUAGCAGAUCUGACUUACAAUGUUGUGGCCUUUUCUGAAAUUAUGAGCAUGAUCUGGAAACGACUGAAUGACCAUGGCAAGAACUGGCGACACGUGUACAAGGCCCUUACUCUGUUAGAUUACCUGAUUAAAACUGGCUCUGAGAGAGUGGCACAGCAGUGUAAAGAGAAUAUUUUUGCUAUCCAGACAUUGAAAGAUUUUCAGUAUAUUGAUCGAGACGGUAAAGACCAGGGCAUCAAUGUGAGAGAGAAAUCUAAGCAGCUGGUGUCUCUUCUGAAGGAUGACGAGCGACUCAAGACAGAGAGGGCCCAAGCCCUGAAGACCAAAGAACGCAUGGCUCAGGUGGCCACUGGAGUGGGUAGCAAUCAGAUCACCUUCGGCCGAGGCUCCAGUCAGCCAAACCUAUCCACCAGCUACUCGGAGCAAGAAUAUGGAAAGUCUGGAGGAUCCCCAGCAUCUUACCAUGGCUCUACGUCCCCUCGAGUUUCCUCGGAGCUCGAGCAGGCCCGGCCUCAGACAAGUGGAGAAGAGGAGCUCCAACUGCAGCUCGCGCUGGCAAUGAGCCGGGAAGUGGCGGAGCAGGAGGAGCGCCUCAGACGCGGAGAUGAUCUGAGAUUACAGAUGGCUCUGGAGGAGAGUCGCAGAGACACAAUUAAAAUUCCCAAAAAGAAGGAGCAUACCACUUUGUUGGACCUAAUGGAUGCCCUGCCCUCGUCGGCACCAGCCCCACAGAAAACAGAGCCUUGGGGACCUCCUGCUGUUGCAAACCAAACUGAUCCCUGGGGAGGAUCCACAGUUGCAGCUACUGCCUCUGACCCAUGGCAAUCAUUUGGUGCCAAACCAGCUGCUUCCGUUGACCCUUGGGCAGCACCAGCAGGAUCCACAGCUCAGUCUCUGUCCAAAAAUGUUGACCCUUGGGCUCCUGCUCAGCCAUCUUCUACCGCAGCAAAAUCUUCUGUGGAUCCUUGGGGACCAGCACCUGCAAACAAACCUCUCUCUACUUCUGGAAGUACAUCUUUUGACCUCUUCAGUAAUUUGAAUGGUACAGUUAAAGAUGAUUUUUCUGAAUUUGACACACUUCGAACUUCCAAAAAGCCAGCUGAAUCAGGUUCCACUUUGCCAUCUCAGCAUAGCGGUACCACAAGUCCUGAUCUCUUUGAUUCCCAGCACUCAAGCGUGACAUCAGGCAAACAAAGUGCAGCUCGGAAAACCCCCGAGUCUUUUUUGGGCCCCAAUGCUGCUUUGGUGAACCUGGAUUCGCUGGUGUCUAAGCCGCCGCAACCUGUUACUUCACUGAAUCCAUUCUUGGCACCAGGCGCUGCUACAGCACCAACUCCAAUCAACCCCUUCCAAGUGAAUCAGCCUCAGCCACUCACUCUAAAUCAGAUGAGAGCGAGUCCUGUGAUGGGAACCAGCCCUUCUUUCAGUGCUGUGCCACCGAUCAGCAUGGAGCCAAUACCUCUGUCUUCCAUGGCCCCAGUGCCUGUGGGAAUGGCACCGAUACCAGCUAUGGGCACUGUGGCAUCUAUAACGAGGAUGGGCCAGGGGCUGAACGUGAGCAUUGCAGGAUCAAUGACCCAACCUCUUCACAGUACAGGAAUGCCGCCGUCAGCAUCCCAGUCUACAAAUACAACUAACCCUUUUCUCCUAUAAAGACCCAAUUAAAAGAACUUUCUUUUCAUAGUGUUUCCAGGCUGAAGUCUUUACAGCAAAAUGAACGUGGCCUGUGUGGACUGAACGGUGUGUAAGAGACUUGGAAGUAGAUUUGCAGUUUACAGUUAUGAUCUUUGAAGAGUUGUCUCUACUUACCAGUUAAUCUAAAUCUAGUCUUUGCUACAGAUGGUACCUUACUUUGGCUUGUUGAGCAUUAUGUGAAAUGUUCAGACUUUUCACCAAAGUUAGAUUCUGCCCAUUUUGUUACUUUGUUAAUCAUUUCAAUACACUUUCUAGGGAGAACCUACCAUUUUAAACUCCGUUGGCUAUUUUGUAGAUGUCAGAUGAUGUGCUGGAUCCUGAAAUUACUAUUUACCUGCAUCUGUCACUUCCUAUGCCCAUACGAUAGACCUGAGAUUCAGAGUGCUAGUGAAUGUUUUGCACAUAACUAUACACAGUUCUAGACUGUUGGUUCACCCAUAGUCCUUACUCUUAGAGGAGAACGAUUUGGAGGGCCCAGGUGGCUGGUUUUUAUGCAUUAAACAUUGCAACGCAAAAUCGCACUGCUUUCGUAUCAGAGGUUUGACCGAGAAAGCAAGCUUGUCUCAAAAGGAAAAAAAAAAAACAAAACACACAGACAAAAAACCCAAGAACAUUCUCAAGUUGUCAAGUAUAACGUGUGCUGUUGUAUGCAGUGUUGAAUUUGUACACUACUCUCUAAGGACUCCUGAGGAACUCUCUGUGAGUGGCAUGCUGCACUCGUGCUGAGUGAGUGUCCUGCUCUGUGCUUGUCCAGUACCAGCUUCGUUUGGAAGUUAUCGUAUGUAUUUUGGUUUUAUUUGACUUACAAUGUGAGUUGAAAGAAAAAAGAAAUACAGUGGGACAACUUUGAAUUCAGUUUCACCGGGGCAAGCUUUAAAACUAAUUCAGGCUUAACCUUGCUAUAUGCAGUUACUCUUGUAUACUUUUGCACAUAUUUUGUUUAGUACAGUUUCAUAUUUGAGUUUGCAGAGUUACCUAAUAGUCCUUUUUUUGCUAAUUUUUAUAAUGUGGUUCUUAUUUAACUGUCUGGUUUUGAUAGAUUUAUCAAGUCUGGCUGAAAAAUUAAGAUAUUGGCAAAUGUCAUUUUUAUGGUUUUAAUGCCCUCUUAUUUAUGGUUUUAGCUCUUUGUUUCUGUAAAGAGAGUUUAAAAGGGAAGAUUAACACUAAAAUAUUUACUUUUAAAUGAAGUAUUCAUAAUGCAAAUCAAAACAAAUUCUCGUGACUAAUUAUUUUUAGAUUAGUUGAAAUUGAGCAUAACAUGAUUUAAGACUACAUUAAAAAGAAAAAACACUAAAGUCGCCUUUCCCUUGAUUUGUUCCCGUUUUCCGAUUACCAGAAUGGACAGACGUUUAGCCUUUAUGAAGAUCGGAAGAGAGGCUGGUUUUUUUUCUUGUAAUACUUCUUGAGAUGUUAAAAAUUCUAAUGUACAAACACGACUCAUUAAUUUUAUUGACUAAUUUUUCUUAAUGAAAGGUGCACUCCAUAUUAAAAACCGGUUCCAUUUACAACUAUUAAUUGUAAGCUGAACUAUACAUUUUUAACUUGCAUGUCUGGACUCAUCGGCACUAAACCGCGCUCAGGUUUCAGCCAGUGUUUCUGGUGGAAACCUGGCCUUCUCAAAGAUGGCAAACGUUUCUGAGCUCUGCUUUCACAAACAACUGCAAACCUCCGCAGAGCAUGUGGAAAGGGAUGUCCCAGUGCUUGCUACCGCCUUGAGGGCGUCUCUGUGAAUGAACUGAUGCAUCUUGGUGGCCUUU